AGGUUAUCAAGUCGGAUCUGUAAGGCGCGUUUUCGAAUAGCUAACAACCAAACUAUCAAACUUAACCACUCUUCACUCCCUUAUCUACCUUUACGUUUUCCAUUUUCGCCCUAUUUCAUUUACAAAGUAUGCAGGACGGGACUCUUAUGAAGGAUUCCAAAAAUCAUUGUCCCGGAAGCACUUAGUUACAUAGCGAUGUCGUUACCGCAUUCAAAAGCGUUCAUAGUGCGCGCAGAUAGAAAUCGUUCAAUUUCAUCUCUUGUCGGAAGAAGAGGGGAGAUAGGACAAUGAGUGGAGGAUUCAACUUUGGACAAGCGUCCAAUACUGGAUUCAGCUUUGGAGCUCCCAAAACCACAGCUGCGCCAGCCACAGGCUUUGGGAUUGCAAGUGCUGCACCUACAACUUCAGGUGGUGGCUUCUCUUUUGGACCCCCCAAUCCUGCCCAGCCCCCAAACAGUACAAACUCAACUGGAGGAUUCAGCUUUGGGAACCCUACACAGAACAGUACUCCAGCAGGUGGAGGCUUCUCUAUUGGGACUCCCACUGCUAAACUCAAUCUGGGCACACCUGCUGCCUCUCAACCAGCACUGACAGGGAUAACUAUGGGGAUGGCAACCCCCACCUCUGGGGCAGGCUUUGGACUUGGUGGGGGUUUCACCACACAAACCACUGCUGUUCCCACAGGAGGGGGGUUCAGCUUUGGGACCGCAGGGGGGCUUGGAGCCCCUGUUGCCCAAACCCCGGCUCAACCAGCAGCAGCUGGUGGGCUCUCUUUAGGAACUCCUGCUGCAACAACUCAAAUGAUGGGAGGUGGGUUUAGUUUUGGUGCCGCCAAGGUCCAGGCAGCCCCUACCGUGACCGCAGGAGGGGGCUUCUCAUUUGGGAACAGCGCCCCUGCCACCCUCUCCCUGGGGAACCAGUCCACAGGUCUGAACUCUGUGGCCCCGGCCUCAAGAGCUGCACCAACCACAACCCAGGGUGGAGGAUUUGCUUUUGGUGGCAAACCUUCAGCUACUCCAGCCCCUGCUGUAACUGCCUCGGCUACCCAGGCCUCAUUAGGUUCUUCUCUCUUUGCAGUACCAGCAUCAACGACAGCAGUCACAGGUUUUUUGGGUGCUGCCCCCACCUCAGCUGCCCCGGCUGCCACAUCGGCAGCAGGAAAUACCCUGGGCUUCAUGCUCAAACCCCUGGGAGCAGUCACUGCCACCACCACAGCAUCAGCUGGCACAGGUUUUUCACUGGGUAUGAAACCUGCGGGUGCCACUGGCAUCGGCUCAACGGUCCCAAUCACUGGAAUAGCCACAACCAUCACUACUGUUACAGCAAGUGCUCCUCCAGUGAUGUCCUACACCCAACUAGAGGGUCUCAUCAACAAGUGGAGUCUUGAGCUGGAGGACCAGGAGAGGCACUUCUUGCAGCAGGCUACCCAGGUCAACGCCUGGGACCGCACGCUGGUGGAGAACGGAGAGAAGAUCACAUCACUGCACAGGGAGAUGGAGAAGGUGAAACUGGACCAAAGAAGGCUGGACCAGGAGCUGGACUUCAUCCUGUCACAACAGAAGGAACUGGAGGACCUGCUGUCCCCACUGGAGGAGUCUGUCAAAGAACAGAGUGGAACCAUCUACAUGCAGAAUGCCGAUGAGGAACGCGAGAGAACGUACAAGCUUGCAGAGAACGUGGACGCCCAGCUGAAGAGAAUGUCCCAAGAUCUAAAGGAAAUAAUUGAACACCUGAACACAUCCUGUGGGCCAGCUGAUACCAGUGACCCGCUUCAGCAGAUCUGUAAAAUUCUCAAUGCCCACAUGGACUCUCUUCAAUGGAUUGACCAGAACUCGGUGCUUCUACAGAGAAGGGUGGAGGAUGUGUCCAAACUCUGCGACAACCGACACAAAGAGCAGGAGAAGACUCUUCGCAUAACAUUUGGUUAACCUAGAGAAUUGUAAUGUCUCAGAAAAUAAUGUGAAUGUGCUUUAGGCUAGUUUGUAAUGCAAUGAAUAUAUUUUUGAGAGUAGUUAUGAUAAAGAUGUGUUUAAUGCAUCAAUUGUGAUUUAAAAAAAAAAAAGUUUAUAUAUAUAUAUAUUUUUUUUAUACUCUAAGCUAGGGUUUUGGAUAUGAACUUCCACACCGGUGAUGGGCAAAUAAUACAUUCUAUGAGUAAAGGAACAAUUCGGCACAUAUUGUGCUCAUAUGCUUAAGGGCUCGAUUCAUUCUGUAAAAUUUAAGCUCAGCGCUGUAGAAAAGUAAAGGUAAUUUCAGAUUGAGUCAACAUGCAUUUACCGUGAACGCAGUCUCUGCAACCACUGUAGCACAGGUCUUUAGUGCUACGGAUUAAAUUGAGCAUCAAUUAACCAACACGUGUUGCUGAACACAACACUAGAUGUAUUUAUUUGGCAGUUCAAAAAAACCAAAUGAAUGUACAAUUCCAUGUUUUGUUCAGUGUGAGACACUGUAUUUGUUGAGUUUUGACCAUAUCCCUCCCCCACCAGUUAUCACCUCCAUAGCAUUUAUAGAAUUCAGCAUCAAAGCCUUGAUUACAUUUACUCCAUAUAGAAACGUACACUAGCCCCGACAGACAACAGCAGGUCAUUGUAAAGCUAGUUAGUGACUAUGCAAAUCAGAACAUAAUUUGUUUCUUUCCUAAUAAAAAUACUGUGCAUAUCAUUUUGUGACAAAAAAAAAUGGUGUUGGUGUCCCCUAACAGUAAAAUGAGCAUUUCAUAGAUUUUUCUAUAUCUUUUUAAAAUCAGACAACUGUCAGUCUUAAGGAAAAUGGGUUAUACAGGGUAGCAGUGCUGCUUGUAUGCGUUGGUCAGGGGUAGACCAAUGAUCUAUAUAAACUCUGGAUUGCUGAUGCUAUGUACUGGUGGCCAUAUUGGCAGUCUUCCAUAGGAAUGAAUAGAAUUCCACAGUAAUUCAAUGUUUCAAAGAUUACAUGUUAAGUAUUUGUUUUAGUGGGGACAGUAACAAUUUGUCUUAAAAUGCAAUGCGUGUGAGUAUAUGCACUAAAAUGUUAAGUGUCUAAUUGGCAUGGUGUUUGUGUGAACCCCAGCUCACCAGGUCACUCUGGCCCUCCUGAACCAGAUCCAUUUAGUGCACCAUGCAGCAGACCUUGGUGUCGGUAGUUCUGGAGGAUCCCCUCCAGACAGAAUUGGUGGUAAUGCAUGUCUUUCUCCGGCCUGACAGUUGAUACACAGAAAUGUCCCUGCACCGUUCCCAUGAAAUUUGUCUAGAACAGUCACCAACUGGUCGAUUGCAAACGACUGGUCGAUCUUCAAGGCAUUUCUAGUUGAUCACCUAACAUUUCUGCAGAAAAGCUAACUAAUAAUGGCUUGCACUCCUUUUUUUAUUUUGGUGUUGCACUGUUGGUGAUAGGUGCAUUUGAUUCAGAAGCCCAGCGCACCGGAUAGGCAAAGUGUUCCCAUUUUUAACCAUUUAAUUUGUCUGCAAAUUCAAACUCCGUCUAUCUGGUGGACCGGGAGAUCUGUUGCUAAAGUGUGCCUACUGUGCUGACCAAUUGGUUAGCUCAAAUCACGGCCUCGGCCACAGCUAAGUUUGAUACUAGCCUAUGUGAGAUUUCAUAGUUUUCAAAACCAUGACCAGAGACGGUCAAAAACAGCUAUUUGCUGUAUUCUUUAUGAGGGUUCACGUCUUAGUUUUUAUUCAGCGCUGUCAACCCUAUUACAAAACAUUAAACACGCUUCUCCCAACUUCUACUUGCACUGCAAUGAAUGAGUAGCCAAGUGUAUUUAUAGUCCAGUGUUUUUAUGAUUAGCAGCUUGUAACAUCUAUUUAAAUAUCAAGGAAUAUUUAACUUCCUCUGGUCAUAGUAGCAAAAUGAAUAUGUGCAUUAGGCAGAUGUGGUGCAACUCGAGUUUUGCCAUCAGGUGGAAGACUUGUAGCCUCAGGUCAGUCACUGUAGGAAAAGAAGGAAAGAGCCAAUCAAAAGUGGAGACUAAUUUGACCCCAAUAACUACCAUGUAAUAUGCGUCAACAGCAAUCUUGGGAAAAUCCUAUGCAUUAUCAUUAACCGCAGACUUUUUACCACGUAUUCACCCUGCACACCUUAAUUGACAAACAAAUCAAAACAAAGGCAAAGUCUUCUUAUGCUUUGAUUUUUAAAAAUCUAUUUGGCAUGAGGGUCUGCUCUACAAAUUGAUGGAAAGCAUUGUUGAGGGAAAAACAUAAGACAUUAUAAAAUCCAUAUAUACAAACGUGGUUAAAAUUGGCCAAUUUUGUUUUCCAUAGGGUGAGACAAGGAUGCAGCUUAAGCCCCACCCGCUUCAACAUAUAUAUAUCAAUGAAUGGGUGAGGACACAAGAAAAGUCUGCAGCACCCGGCCUCAUCCUACGAGAAUUUGAAGUCAAAUGUCUACGGUUUGCUGAUGAUCUGGUGCGUCUGUCCCCAACUACAGCAGCACCUAGAUCUUCUGCACAGAUUCUGUCAAGUCUGGGCCCUGACAGUAAAUCUCAGUAAGGCAAAAAUAACGGAGUUCCCAAAAAAGUCCCGUUGCCAGGACUACAAAUCCAAAUUCCAUCUAGACACUGUUGCCCUAGAGCACACAAAAAACUAUACGUACCUUGGCCUAAAUAUCAUUGCCACAGGUAACUUCCACAAAGCUGUGAACAAUCUGAGAGAUGUCAUGGCCCCUCCUCUGCAUUGCAGGGGCGGUUCCUCCUACAGGCAGAGGAGGGUCGAUAGUGAUUGGAGCCACAUGGGCUCAGGGUAUUUAAACUGCUUCACUAACCACUCUUGUCUCUCUCUGCUCCUCCAGGUAUGAUCCUGUUUUGUUUGUUCAUUUGUAGUUGUACGUAGUUUUCACUGUCAUAUUCACGCAUCCCUGCACUUUACAUACACCCUACAUUAUGAUACUUUCACACCUCAUUCAUUUUUCUUUGUUUUAAGUUAAUAGUUUUGGUGUAUAAUAAAGAACAUUUUUGAUUGGCCUAUA